AUCAUUUUGCAUUUGCAUUCCUCUCUGAACUUGUCGUCUGUUAGAUCGUCUGAUCUUUAUAAACAGUUUCCAGCUUCCGAAAUACGUUAAUUUGGGCUAUUUUUACAUUUACCAGGCUAUGCAAAUUGAGUUCAUUAUAUUCUACUCUGGCUAGAUUUAUUAAAUAACCGUUUAUCAUCUUUACAGCGUGCGAUUACACACAGGUUAUCAAAGAUGUGUGGUGGUUUCACCUGUACAAAAAACACCUUGACAGCGCUAAAUGUUUUGUACAUUAUUGUGGGAUUCAUUCUGAUAUCAGUUGCUGUCUAUGGAAGAGAAUCAGCGUUGGGAACUAAUCUUCCCAUCAUCAGUGGAAUAAUGACGUGCGGAGUUUUUCUGAUCAUGGUCGCCAUUCUUGGAUUGUUCGGAGCCAUCAAGCACAAUCAAGUCAUGUUGUUCUUUUACAUGAUUAUACUAUUCAUGCUAUUUGUUGUUCAAUUUGGAAUUGCCUGUGCUUGUCUGGGAGUUGACAUGCAGGAACAAGAAAAACUCGCCGAAGAGGGCUGGAAAACAGUGAGCAUGAGUGUCAAGUCGAAAGUGCAGAAGGCAUUCAGCUGCUGUGGAUUCGACAAUUACGAGCACAAUGCUACUGAUCCUAUGGGACAUCCAGAAUGCAUCUCAGAUCCAUUGUGUUGCAGUGAAUCGAAAACUGGGAGCAUGUGUGUCUGCCCACCCUGUAUGAGCAAACUGCAGAGCACCAUUGACUAUGCAUUCAAGCUGUGUGGAGGAAUUGGUCUUUUCUACAGUUUCACUGAGUUUGUUGGUGUCUGGCUGACAGUGAGAUAUCGCAAUCAAAAGGACCCUCGUGCGAAUCCCAGUGCUUUUCUCUAACUUUUAAGCCAUGGAAGAGGAAACCUACCGAUGCGGUUACCAACUUCCUCCACAAUCGAAGAUCUCCAAUCAACAAACUGCAGUUAAAAACUUCAGAUUAUUCUGCAACAUGGCUAUAAUAAUUAAUCAAUGAAAUGUAUUUAUUUUCAACUAGUAGCUUAAUCAAAUGGAAUCGAUUUAUUUUUGAAUAAGGCUAGCUGAGAAUUUAGUUCAACUUAGAUGAGAAUGUAGAAGCUGAAAUGAAAUGAUGAAUUUUAGUCAUAUAUUUGUGUUAGUUGAAAAAUGUAGUUAUAUAUUAUUAUCAAUGUUUCAUACGCAUUGAAACCCUAAAAUUGUGAUCUAUGGAGUAAAUUUUAGAAUUUUCCCACCUUAGAAUUCUGGUCUAAUGGAUCAUAUUUUUACAAUGGUGUCAUCCACCAUUGAAACCCCAAAAUUGUGAUUUGUAUAGUGAAUUUCAAAUUUUUCACCGUAGAGCUCUAGUCUGAUGAAACUUUUAAUUUUAUUAAUUGCUAAAUCUUGUAUAAUAUUUUUAUCAUGGUGUCAUGUACCAGUAAAUUGUGAUCUGAGGUGUCCCCAAAACCGGAUAUCAUUGAGAAAAUUGUGAUCUUUGAUGUAACCUACAUGGAUUAAAAAAUGUAGUAUUUAGCAUUUAUGUGGACACGUUGAUCUCUAUAAUGAAAUUUGCUUAUAAUUUUAAUUGAAAUAUGCCCGGAGUGCAGUGAUCCACUGUUUUUAAUACAGUAUUUCGAAUCACUAUCAAGCUUUUAGUUGUUUUAGAAUUAAUUUACUAACAAUCCUUAAAAGUUAUACUAAUCUGAAUAGUAAGAAUAGUAUACUAAUCUGAAUCUUAAAAGUUUAUUCUAAUCCAAAUGAAUUGAGAUUUUGUUAUGGUUUCUUGAGUACUCUGUACUUCAAUUCAUAGUUUUGAUUAAUUGCAUCUUGAUUAUAACUAAACUAAUAUUUUACUAUUAGUUACUUCAACCAUGUAGAUUGAAUUUGUCUCCUUUCAAAUGAUUUUUCUUCCACCUACUAUGUGAAAUCGUAUUUUCUCACUGGAACAAGGGUAUCUGAUUGAGACCUUCUCUUUUCCCAAGGGACUAAUUUUUGUAGACCAAGUACUUUUAAUAACUAGGUACUAAAUUUGAAUACGUACUUUUAGAAUGGGUACUAAAACUUGAACAUAUUGGGGACUAGAAAUUUGUCAUGUAUUGGUAUUUUUAUUGGUGGCAUGGAUAUAGAUUAAUAUGUUGGAGGUAUCUGUUUGGAACAGAGGAUUAUAAACAAGGAAAAGUUUAACAUUGUUUUAAUUAUUGGUGUAGGUGGGGCAAAAAUGCUUUGUGCAUCAUAUGACUAAAGUUCUGUUUCUCCCAGGAAAAAUAAUUGUUCUACGUUUCCCUCGGUGAGAAAAAUUUCUAAUCAAUUUUGUAGAUGCACAAAUAAACAUUGAUCAUUUCUAAAUAUCUGAAUUUGAUGAAACUUUUUACUCACAAAGUCUAGUUCACCUGUCAUUAUAUGAUUUGAGAUACAGCAUCGUUUUUGCUUGCUCUAUCAAGUCAUGUUUGAUCUAUUUUCGAUAAAUUGUCUGCCUAGUACGUGGUCUAUAACUAUAAGGCAAUAUUAUUAAUAAAAAUACAAUUUGAUUUAAUUUUUCCUGCUUAGUAUAUUUACGUCAAUUCUCAUAUUUAAAUGAGUUAGUAGUUUCUUAUAACCGUUUUCUUUAUUAGAGCAAAAAUACAAUGAUUGUGAUAACACAUAUUUUCGUAAAGAGCCAAGUAGGAGAGUAUUUUUAAUUACUAGUUUUUAUAUUAACAGGAUUAUCCAUUUAUCACUGGCUAUUGUAAUCUAAUAUCAUAAAGUUCACUUGGAGUUUGUGUUUUAUCAUGGACUUGUAUUUACAAUACUUGCUUUGACAAAUUUCCAUAUUUACAUCCAUAGUUUCUGAAAAUUGAGGAACAGUUUUUUUUAUAAAAGUCGUUCAAUUUUCCUCGUAAAAACUGGAACGAUUAUAGAACGUUUGGUCUCAAUUUUCAAAAGUUCAAUAACUGCUGCCCCCUCAAUCAAUACAUUGUUCUAAUAUCCAAUAGAAUAAGUUUAGAAAUAAUGUCGGUGAAAUAAUCUGACUUGGAAUGGUGUUGGUCCUUGUUUCUAGUAGCAUGAAUAUCGAAUAAUAAAAUUCAAUUAUUUUACUGAAAUUUUUUUCAAAUAAAAGUGAUAAAAUGUGAUGUCAUUAAAUAUUGGUAGGCAAGAAUUCAAACCCUGAAUCAAAUGUUUUUUAGUAAUUGAUUUUAAUCUUCAAAGAUAAGAGAAUUGAAAUGAAUCCAUUCAAAGCAUGUAACCAAUAAUUGAAUGUUUAAUAAAACAAUCAAAUUUGAAGCCUUGAAUUUCAAACCAUAUUGAGUCUAGUCAUACCUUUAAUAUUUUAUACAAACUGUAGUUGGAUGUAAUCGUACUAAUAUAAUAUCUGUAGCAUAAGUAAUUGUUUUAAAAUGUGUGAGCAUAUUAUGUAUUUUCCUUUAUAGCGAUAGAGUAAAACGCUACUAAUGUGAUGUAGAGCUUAUAAUUUGAGUAAAGUGAUGCAUUUAUGAAA